AUGGACACGCUGAAAGGGCGGACGUGCUACUACGCCGAGGCCAUCAACCCCCUCCUACUGCUGGAGACGAAGAAGUCGCUGGAGGGCCACCGCGCGCGGCUCGCCCAGUGGGAGAAGAAGGAGCUGAAGCACGUCAGCGACGCGGAGCUGUGGCGAUCCCGCAACGCGCUCGAGCAGUGCGUGCACCCCACCUCCGGCGAGACGAUUUUCCCCUUCUUCCGCAUGUGCGGCUUCCUGCCGAUGAACUUCCUGCUGGUGCCCUACAUGAUGCUGCCCUCGACGGUGCUGAGCGUCGGCCGGACCGUCUUCAUUCAGUGGCUGAACCAGAGCCUGAACGCCGCGAUCAACUACGCCAACCGCGCGAGCGAUCGGCAGCCCACAGUGGAGAUCGCCAAGGCCUACACGGCGGCCGUCACCGUGGCCUGCGGGGGGAGCCUGACGGCGACGAUGCUGCUGCGCCGCGUCUCGCCGGCGUCGGUGCGGGGGACGGUCAUCCGCGCGACCAUCCCCUUCCUCGCCGUCGUCUUCGCCGGGGUCGUCAACCUCGCCGUGAUGCGCAAGAACGAGUGGCGCCGCACGGGCACCGGGCUCGAGAUGAAGGACGAGGACGCCACCCCGCGCGGCAUGAGCAUCACGGCGGGCCGCGAGAGCCUCCUCAAGUGCUCUAUCGCCCGCGUGGUGUGGAAUAUGCCGUGCUUGAUGCUCCCGACGCUGCUGUCGAUGCCGCUCAUGCGGUUCUCCGUCAGGGCCCGGCGGAGCCCGAUCGUGACGGAGACCUCGCUCCAGGUGAUGGGGCUCACCCUCGGCGUGCCCUUCGCCCUGGGGCUUUUUAAGCCAACCCAGACCAUCCCGGCCACCAAGCUCGAGCCAAAAUUCCACAACCUGCUCCGCAAGAACGGUACACCGGUCCUCAACUAUACCUACUAUAAAGGCAUCUAA